UGCACUACCAUUGCAUCAUGAAUUGACAUUCUUGCCCAUGGAAGAUUGGUCUCCUAACCAAGUUAGCUUAAAUGGAAAACUUUUCUCCAUUGAGUCUGAAAUGUUUAGCAAUAUUUUAACAACAUUUUCUGUCUACAAUGAAGUUGAUACAAUUUUGAUUACCUCAAAGGGUUCACAAAUCACAUUCUCUGCGGUUCCAUGUGAGGAGAUAAUUAUUAGGGAAGAGAGUGGAGAUUGUUUGAUUAUAGGUGAUAGAGAAGUUGAAACUCACAUGCAUAUGCCUCUUCAUCCAUCCUCAUUUUUCAUUAAUUGUGGACUUCAAGCUCGAAGGGUAUGGUUCUUGGAAACAACUGAUUCUUGUGCAAUAAUCCAUUUCCCUUUUCAAGUAUAUGCUCAUUUUUUGAUGAUUUGUUUUCCCUUUGCAAAUGUAAACUCAGCUCAAGAUUAACUCACACCUAAUUAGAAAAUAUAUACAUGUUGUAUAGUCUUAGGUUUUGGGAUUUAUAUGUGGGUAUGAUACAACUAAUUCUAUUGCCAAUUAGAAA